AUGUGGGAAUGGGUAAGAGGACGCAUGACAACGACAACCACCAAUGGUGGUGGUGGUAGUGGUGGUGGUUACGGAAGCUCUCGCGGUAAAAGUCUACAUAGUUGCCACCGACAAAAACAAGCAGCCGCACAGAAGUUAAACCUGUCGUCGAGUCCCCAUCGUCGACGACGUUCAGGUGACGAAAACAUCGGGCCAGAAGAGCAACUAAUCUUUCCUAAUGGAUACGCCGCAUUGCUUCUCAAGUCACCGCCUCCGGCACCACCGGCCCUUCUCAGGAGGAUAGGAGUCAAAGAGCUUACCGGAGUUGGCAAGGUGAAAGUCAUGCUAAGGGUAUCUCCAGGGGAUGGUGGUAGUUUCUUCAAUGCCGAUAAACGAAAAAAACAAGUGACUUUGGUUGAUCCAGCAUCCGGUCAAUCAUCUUCCGCUGAAGAUCGUAGGCCAACAGUGGCAGCACCGAAGAUGUUCGCGUUCGAUGCUAUAUUUACAGAGGAAGAUUCUCAGACAGAGAUUUGUUCGAGCGCCCUUACCGAUGUCAUUCACGCUGUCAUCAAUGGUACGGACGGUUGUCUCUUUUGUUAUGGACAUGCAGGUUUAGGCAAGUCUCACACAAUGUUGGGUACCCCUGAGGCAGGCCACACUUUGGGCGCAAUCCCGUGCGCGAUAGCGUGGCUCUUCCGUGGAAUUUCCGAGCAACGUCAGAGAACCGGUGCCAGAUUUAGCGUGAGGGUCAGCUGCGUGGAAUUGACCACUGGCCAGCAACAGUUGAGAGAUCUUCUUGCUGCUCACGCGAAUGAUUCAGAACAAUCGCCGGCCGUUUAUCUGAGAGACGAUCCGCUAUUCGGUACGUUACAGUUACAACAACAUAGUGAGCUCCGAGCUCCAACUGCAGAACGUGCAGCUUUUUAUCUCGACGCAGCAGUUGCCGGCCGUCAACGAGAAGAUGGAGAUGCUCAUAUGCUCUAUACGUUACACGUGUAUCAGUAUAGCGUCGCUGGCAAGGGUGGUGUCGCCGGCGGUAGAAGCAGACUACAUCUCAUGGACCUUGGUAAUUCCGACCGUGGCAAGUCGUCCGGUGGAAUACCACUUUCGGGUCUGGGAAAUAUUCUCUUAGCCAUUUUCAAUGGACAGAAGCAUUUGCCGUACAAGGAGCAUAAGCUAACCCAAUUACUAAAGGAAUGUCUUGGCUCGUUAACGUGUCAUGCAGCAAUGAUCGCCCACGUGUCUCCGAAUGCUCAGCAUUAUACUGAAACUUUAACGACCGUACAGUUGGCAUCGAGGAUUCAUCGAAUGAGACGAAGAAAGAUCAAAUUUGUCGGUGGUGGUACGCAGGGUAAUGGGAGCGGUGGUAGUUCGGGUGAGGAAGCAGCCAGACAGAACAGCGAGUGUGAUCCAAGUUCGAGUGAUCUUUCUGCAGACACUGUGAUUUACGUUGGCCCAAGUGCCGAUGACGCAACCGAUGGAGAACAUCCACCAGUUUAUAUUCCCAGUUUAAAUUCCGGUGACAAUCGCUGUGCAAUGGGUCGAGUACUUCGUGGUUCAGCAGCUGAAAGACCUAGUAAGAUUCCUGAAGAAAGAAGUCCUGCACACAAGGCCACGAAAAUAGCGAAAACUUUAACACAGACAGCUUCGAAACAGACUUCACCUGCUCACAGUGCCACGCCGAAAGCUAGUCCAGCGCGGAAGAUAUCUUCGAGCAAGGUGUCAAGUUCAAAAGUAACUGAUUCGCCAAGUAGUAAAAUUCCAGUAGCUGCUUCAAGUGGUGCCUCGGAUGAACAAUGGAUAGAUGGUCCAAGAAUUUCGAAAUCUAAGGUUGCCGAAGCUAGACACAUGUUAAAGGAUUCUCAUCAUAAACGAGAAACUUGGAUAGAUGGACCGAUGCAAUUAACUAGUCCUCCACUGUUGCCACUUCAUACUCAACAACAACAUUCUUCUGGCUAUGGAUUCAUGGAUAGUCACAAAAAGAGUAUGAUAAGAAAAUGGGUAGAGAAUCAGUCGUCUCAAAUUCAAAGAUCUAAGCACGCGCAGAUGCGUAUGGAAUCAUUAAAAAGCACUGGUCAAUCUUCUCAAUUGAAAGAAAUGACGACGUUCAAGAGUUGUUCUGCCACUGUUGACGAUGAUGAUACUUCUUUAUCAACAGCUGAGAGUGAUAGUCUGAAGGCCAACGAGAUCGAAGACAUUACUGAAAAACUCGGAGCGAAACUUAAUCUUCUAAACGUCAAGUCGAAUACCGAUUCAGGAUUAGAUCUAACAGCAAGCCCAGUUAUGGAUGAUAGCAUUGAUAGAGGAAAAUUAGAUCUUCCCGAGGAUGAGGAUGACGACGAAGAGAUAGUUGUACCACCUCCCUUACCUCUGAUCGAACCUCUUAGCAAUGGAGUUAGCAGGGAAGUUUCUAUGGAAAGUUUGAACCUUUCUCACAAGGACAUAGUAUUACCAUCCAGACAUUCCCUCUCAUCCGAAGACGAAAUCUUAGAAAUUGUUGAGGUGGAAGAUUUAGAACCAGUGCCAAUGCAGGACUCCUGCCUUCAAGUUACGGAAGAAGACAUUGCCAUGUGUAUGAACGAAAAUCCUUUGCCAGAGAGUGAUCAAGAAGAACAUCCUCUAAGAAUUCUCAGCCAAGAAAAUCUUACAGUUGUCUCUACGUUUACUGACUCAAUGUCGGUAAUGUCGGACACAGAACGCUACAGAUCUCACUAUCCACCCCCUGUUGGUGCUGGUGUAAUGCCGAGGCCAUAUUUCGACCACGAGGAUUUCUUGGAACAAGAGACUAGGCACAAAUUUGAUCAAUUGGCAAGACUUCACGAGCUUUAUCAGAGCAAAUUAGCUCUUGCGAAUGUUUCAAAUUCAGCGACGUAUCAAAGGGAGAAUUCGUCCACUGUGAACUCGCGAGAAGCUCCAUCCGCCACCGUCUUCCGUCCGCCAUCACGCUGUCAAUCCUUGUCCCUUACGGAUGUCUUGUUCAACGACAAUGCGAGCAAUCAUGGUAGUAUCUACAGCGAGCCCGCAUACAUAGCUGGAAAAUCCGAUCAGGAGAAGAUCUGUGACAGUUGUCGUCAAAGUAUGUCAAGACCAGCUACGGCUUUUUAUUGGUAUCCAAGUAGCGUCGCUCAUCUUGCCAGUCCUAGAAGGUACUGCGGAAAAUUAGGCGAGUGCAAUAUCUCUAGUCUGAGGCAUCCAGAUGGCGCUUCGAAUCCUAAUUUAAAAGAAGAAAUUGAGAGGAUACCCGGAAACGGUGCUUCGGGUUCGGAUCCUGAAGAGGAAUACGUGGAAGCAAAAAAACUCUUCACUGCGGCGGAGAGAUCGGAAAGAACAAUAACGGGCAAGUCCGAUAUCGAGGAGGACGUUAAAAUUCAAGCACCAUCCUCCGGUCGAAUGCAACGAAAAAUCCUAAGUCUUGGAUCUUCUCUGGGUCUCAAUAAAGAGGGUUAUGAAUCCGAUGCCGAUUCAGCAGCACGGGUAGCUAAAUUAUCACCAGCUACAUUAUCAAGAUAUCGAGCUGAGAGUUCAGGAUACGAUAGUGUUGUCAGAGACAGUGAGACCAGUAGUAUCGCUAGUGAUUCAUCGAGACAAACCAGUGCUCUUCAAGAACAUCAAGCGGUGGAACGGCGAGUGGCAGGGCGCGUGCUCCGGGCACGACAUCACUCUCGGCAGGUGGUCCGACGGCAUCCGGUCGGUCCUCCACCGCUGCCGCCGGGGAUACUCGUCUACACAGGCGAGGACGUGGACAUCCUGGACAAGCGCGCGCAAUUGCGUUCGGAACCACGUGGCACGAUGUCCAAGAUUCACAAACUGCGACUGCGCCAGCGCCUUCUUAGGCUCGAGCUGAGAGACGCCAAGAAGCGCCUGAUGGUUCCCGAUUGUCGCUGGAGCUACGAAUUGCACGUGGAGGACAGCAUGGAUUGGCGUGACCCAUCCUUUCUUGAGGCACUCGAAGCUGAAACUUACAUUCUUCAAAAACGAGUAGAAGCUUGCAAGAGUCAUGUUCUCUUGGUCACAUGUUUCGAUUUCUGCCCUAAAGGUUCCUCAACGAGUAACGCUGCUUCACCAUCAGAAAUAAAAAUCACCUAA